AUAAUCGCAGUAUUGAACCUCAUAUCAAGUUCCCAACACAAUCAAGUCACCAAUUUGAACAGGCAAAAAUCAUCAUGUUUGAGAACGCCAAAUUUAAGCCUACUUUCGAGGAUGUCAUGGGCUGCCAGUCGGCAUGCUACGAAUGGGCAGACAGCUACGAUAGCAAGGACUGGGAGCGCCUUAGCAAAUGCAUUGCCCCAACACUUCGGAUCGACUACCGCUCUUUCCUGAACAAGCUCUGGGAGUCCAUGCCCGCAGACGAGUUUGUAGCCAUGGCCUCUGACCCCGCCGUGCUCGGCAACCCUCUCCUCAAGACGCAGCACUUCAUCGGCGGUACGCGGUGGGAGAAGACGUCCGACGACGAGAUGAUCGGUUACCACCAGCUGCGCGUGCCGCACCAGCGGUACACAGAUGAGUCGCGCACCAAGGUUGCGGUCAAGGGCCAUGCGCACAGCUUCAACAUGCACUGGUACAAGAAGAUUGAUGGAGAGUGGAAGUUUGCUGGGUUGAACCCAGAUAUCAGGUGGUUCGAGUACGACUUUGACAAGGUCUUUGCUGAGGGUCGUGAGCAGAUGGGUGAAGAGGAGGCCAAGGCUGCAGCGGGCAUCCCGGAGAAGUUGACCGGCCAGGCACUGUAGAGGGGACUUUGGAACGUGGCCUGGAGACGUCACGGGAUGAGUCAUGAGGGGAUACAUACACAUGCAUUAUUUAGGCAUAUGAUGUUGAGCUCAACCAAAUGGAAUAUGUAGUCAACA